AGCCCACCUACAUCUUGCUCUACUAUUCUCUACUAUUCUCUCCCUCUCAAUCCGCUCUUUCUUCAGUUCCAGUAACAGCAACAGCAACAACGAACAUCCCCCACAAUGACGCUUCUCGAAAAGAUUCUUUGUCGUCCAUGCAUCUUUUGUGAGAUUGUGGAGGGCAAGAUUCCGAACAAACUCAUCUAUAAGGAUGACGAUAUUGCUGCGUUCAAUGAUAUUAACCCAGCCGCUGAUACCCAUAUCUUGAUUGUACCUGUGGUUCACAUUGAUAACAUCAAGACCGUAACCGUUGAGCAUGCUGAUCUGCUUGAAAAGAUGAAGCAAAAGGGUAUUGAGCUCCUUCGAGAACGUGGUCAUGAUCCCGAAACAUCAAAACUAGGCUUUCAUGUUCCUCCGUUCAACUCGAUCGAUCAUCUUCAUUUGCACGUCAUCGGUGGUAUACUCAAGUCUAGGUUUAGGAAACUGAAAUACGAAUCCGGCAGGAUGUGGUAUAAGGAAAUGGUGCAAUUACAAGCUGAUCUUGAAAAGCAACGAAGAGCUCAGCAAGGGACUCCUCGUCUUUGA